CUAGACAGUCUUUAUCUUAAACACACACACACACGUUAGUGAUUAUUCUUGCAUGUCUUCAUUGAUGCGUGAAAUGAAGAAAUAGUUCUCUAGCAUUGGUUAGUUACGUAGAUCAAAGUAAUCGCUCUCACAGAACGUCACCAGCUUCAUACAGCAGAACUUGUGUUUGUCAUUGGGACGUGUCUAAGAUUUCACACCAACAUUCUUAAGGGUUGGACAAUGAAGAAAAAACAAUCUCAUGUCCACAUCGAACAAAAGUAUUCAGUACUUCCGUUCAAGAAUGUGUUUUGUGGACAUUUCCUUUGUACAACUUGAGUCAUCACUAAGUUUAGCAGUUUGUGAAUGGUAGAAUUGGCUGUCAACUAGUACAAUGCAGGAUUCUCAAAAGACUUUGUGAGCCGCUACAGACACACACAUCACAGUCAGCCUGUUGUAGAUGUACCGUAGUUGUUAGUGUCUUGAAAUUAACACACACAUGUGAAUUUGAGGAGGUGUGAUUUCGGUAACCAAGUUCUCGUGUGUGUUCAGAUAGUGUUACUGCACUCCUUGUUGUAGCUAGUGUUUGUGUAAUGAGGCACUUCCACACAAACACGGUAAAUGUUGGUAAUCAACUUGUGACAAAUGUCAAGCAUUUCAACAAAACAAAGCUGGAGGAUUAUGUGAUCAAGUGGACUGUUCUUGGCUUUAACUACUUAUUAUUAGGUUGGACAGAAAAACGGAUAUAUUCAAGGACUCUUCAAAUGUUGUCUGGAUUGUGCAUUCUCUAUUAUCAAGGAUUCUUACAUUCUAGAACUGAUUUUAAGUUUCACUGAGGCAGCAUGUCUUAUGCUAGUAAAAAAGUUACAAAGACAAAGAAUGUAUUGCUAUUAAGAAAGCUGUCUGAGGCCAGUUGUAUUCAGUGCUGUGGAUGUCACUGCCACUGCUGUGCCAAGCACCAGAGCAAGAACUGCCUGAUGGACAUGUGUCCACGGAAAGUCUUUUCUCCCUCUAUCAAACCCAAGUCAGUUUUUGACUUCUUCUAUGACCAGCUGUAUUCAGACAGGAAGGACAUUAAACUGUGCCUGCGAUGUGGGCAGAGAUUUGAAGAAAGGUCACUAGAUGCCCUUUUUGUUUCUGAUGUAUACAGCUCCUCUGUAGACAGACAGCUAUGUAGGGCAUGUCUCAAUAAAAGUCUUGACAAAGAGGAUGAAGAUCUCAAAGACUAUGUAAGGCCUAAACAAGACAUUUGUUUUGAAGAUGAGGCUCUGCCUUGUUAUGGACUACCUCUGGGAUGUUUUCAGAUAUAUCUAGCUAAAGAAACACAUCAGCUGGCUGAAGCUAAUCAGGAAAAGAAUGCUCGCCUCAAAGAAGCUUUUGGUCUGACUGACUAUGUUGAUGGCAGUGCCUUUGACCCUGACAGAAAGGCCAAGGAAGAAGCAGCCAAAGCAGCGGCAAUGGCACAAAAGAAAUACAGUCUGCUGGCCAGCUCAGGGGAAGAGGAAGGGAAAGAGGAAGGAGGUUCAUCAUCACACAAAAAAAAGAAAAAGAGGUCAAGACAUGACAGCACUUCUCCAGAGAAAUCCAAGGAGAAAAAGAAAAAAAGCAGAAAGCACAGCAAACGAGACCGUUCCCAUUCUAAGAAGACAAAGAAAAGUAAACAUUCCAAGAAAAGAUCUUCCAGAAAAAGGAAACACAAAAAGUACAGCAGUUCUUCAAGUUCUGAGACUGACAGUGAUGAUGCUGAGAUUGACAGACAAGAGAAAGACCAAACUGUGAUUCCUUUGACUAACAAAACCAAUGGAAUACACAAUUCUCCAUCAACUUCACUUGCAUCUCCUGUAUUGAGGAAAGAUUGUAGCCCACAUGUGCUUUCUGAUAGUUUACCUACACCACUGGAAGUCAAAUCAUCUCCAAUUUCAUCUCCUCUGGUGGAGAGUAUUAAACCCCUGAAUGACGAGAGCUCUGCUUCUAGGUUAAAGUCCAAGAUAAGGGACAGCAAACUGUCAACAUCCAGGUCACGUUCAAGGUCUCGUUCCUAUCGAAGUCAUUCAUUUAGAAGGUCAUUGAAAAGAUCCAGUUCAAGAUCUUCAAGUUCCAGGAGUAGAACAAGAAGCAGAAGUGGAUCACAUAGCCACUCCACACAUCACCACUCACGUAGUAUAUCUUACAGCAGGUCACGAAGUAGAAGUCACCGAUCCAGCUCACAUUCUGAAUGUCGUGGGAGCCGGGGCAACUCUCGUUCAUCUUCUGUGAAAAGACGCCAUGGCUCUCCACGAUCACCCUCCAUCAGAAGGCGCCAUGGCUCACCAAGCCACUUGGAUAAGCGCAGGAUCACAAGUGCUCGAAAGCGUCCAGUACCUUACUACAGACCAUCCCCUUCUCCAUCUUUGUCUGACAGCCAUUCCUCCUACCACUCGAGACGAUCUCGUUCUAAGUCUCACACAUCAAGGUCUCGGUUCCGCAGCUUGUCACGGUCACCUAGUUUAGAGUUUCACCACAAGAGAAGGAAAGAAUUUCAACGCUUGUCUGGCCAUCAGACUCCCCAAAUGCACAUGCUCCACCAACAUCAGUACUAUCCCCACCCAUCAAACAGUCAAUAUGGUGUCCAGCAUACAACGACUUCAGCCAAUGCUACCUUCUCAUCACAGUACUCAGCCACAUGUUUCAUCUCACAGUAACUUUGAACCAAACAUUUUCUCAUCAUCUAGACCCUGUGCCCAAAUGACUUGAAACAGCCUCAUCCCAACUUAUUUCAAGGCAGACUUUGUAAAAAAAAAAAAAAAAAAUUGUAGUCAACAGCUGAUGCUUUAUGCUAAUGCUCAUUUGAUAGUUUGACCUAAGACUAGUUGAAAUGUGAUUUGAACAUAAUAAUUGAAAAUCAAUAUUCCCAAAUGAAGGUUUUUGUUCCUACCCACACCUCCCAUGUUAAUACAAUGAUCAGGGUUUAUUUCUCCUAGUUCAUGCUUGUGUAUUCAUAUGUUUUUGUUUGCAUUCAAGCGACAUGAUACUCAAUUCAUUUUCAAAUUAUCAUCAUUGGUUUUGUUGGUUUUUUUUUUAUACAUUUACAUGAAAUUUUCAGUUAUUUCUAGAGCAAAUUAUUAACAAAGCUAUUUAACUCAAUGACCAAAUGUUUGUUCUAACUGGCAUACAUGGUGUCUAGAUGUGAACAUUACAUAGCUUUUAAAUGUUAUUAACUAUAUUUAUCUGAUAUACAAACAAAAUGUAACCAUUGCUUCAAAUGUCAAUACUCUCCUCAUUGUAACUUAAGUAUCUGCAUGAUAAAAGUUUCUUUGUAAAUAAGUAAAAAAGAUUUCCUGUCAUUAUUAUAAUUCUUUUAAAGAGUCUUUAGAAUUGACUAGUCUAUCACAUUGUUCUGCAAUAAAGGGGGAUAGUCUCUUGUGUUAACAUCUACCCAAUACUAAAAAAAAUGAAUGUUUCUUCUCUUGUUUUAGUUUUUAGACAAAACAGACAUUGAAAUUUGUGACAAUAGCUAGAAAUAAACAUGUUUUUAAAAAAUUAUCUUGUAAAUGUAAGUUUUGAAAUGAGACUUAUCUUAUUCUGUAUAUAUGUACAUUGGUUAACACACAAAUUAUAAGCUAGAAAUGCUUGUAUCUUUUAUUUUGUUCUAUAUAUAUCUAUAAUAUGUAACUGAAUGCUUGAAUGAUGUAUGUCAUUUAGUGUCUUGACUAUGGUCAAUAAACUCAAAUUAAUGGUAUUGAUCCACCAGAUAGCACAGUGUCCAGAAAAUAUGAAAUAGCCCUUUCAUCAAAAUAAUUUAAAGAUUUAGCAAGAGAAAGAACUCUGCAUAUUUUUUGUAAGUGCCAUAUAAUUGCUUCUUUUUUCAUUCUCUACUGAACAUGUUUUUUGUUCUUCCACUGACUUUUUCAUCUUUCUGAAGUCAAUACAUGCAACACUUUUUAUUGUAGUCUUCUGAUGUAUAGCAAUGAAAUGGUGUUAAUACUAGAACAUAAACAAAUUGGACAAAGUGUUACAAUAAUUGUUCUAAAGAAUUAAGUCUACGAUGAAUACAUUAUGUAUGCUAUUGUCCCAGUUUUAUAUUCAGUUAUUAAACUAUUCAGAUUUGUU